GUGUGAGAAAUUCGGCGUAUCUGUCGUAAAUGACACUGCUCAAUUUUAUGCGAGAUCCUUCCAAUUUUACCCAAAAAUAUUCACGGUUACCCACAUUUGGAACCCUUAUGUUAUGAAUUUUGUAAUGGAGACAGAUGAAUCCAGUGCUUCUGAAGAGAAUAAUUCAGAUGCAUCAUACAUUGUGGAAACAUCUGAUUCCGAUGAAAACAUUGAAGACGUGGCAUCACUUCCAUCCGCGGAUGGCACGUUUGAUUUAACGUUACCUGCAACUCACUCGUAUUUGGGAAACAACUUGGAAGAGCUGAGAGGUCGUACUAUUUUGGAUGAUGGUAUAUACAUGAACCUGCCAUUAUUGGUAAAACAAUCGGUCAUUUUAUUUCCUGGUCAAACACUGCCACUAACUGUCCAUGGAACAGAUACUAUCGACAUGCUCCAAAAAUGUAUAGACAAGGAUCGAACUUUUGGUGUUGUUUGUUUGACUCGUGACAAAAUGAUCCCUAUUGGGACAACGGCUGAAAUCUAUCAAUACAAAUCAGAAAUUCAAUCAUAUGGGUUUAAGGUGAAAGCAAAGGGGAGGCAACGCUUUAAAAUAUUGCGUGUAAUACAGAAGGGUUCGGGAAAAAUAUCUGCUGAUGUUAAAAUACUACCAGAAAUAUCACUUGGACCACCGUUAUUCGAUGAACGAUUGGUCAGCUUGGAUCGCCUGAGAACACCUCCAACUAAUAAGCAGCAGGCGAAAAGAUGGCAAAAAUUAGAGAGAUAUGACGCAGUAACAACUCCUUGGCCAUCCUGGGUCUAUAGACAGUACAAUUCGAGAUUACUUGCAAUCAGAAUCAGGCAGAUUUUACAGUACAUUGAAACACAGGGCAGUAGUAUUCCGGAAGAUGAAACAGAAUUAUCAUUUUGGGUUGCUCAAAAUCUACUACUGGAUGACCGUGAAAGAAUUUUAUUACUGGCCUAUAAUUGUGCCAUUCCUAGGUUGCAAUGGGAGAUAAAAUAUCUGUUCAAGGACCGAGUUUUCACGUGUUCCCAAUGCGACGAAUUCAUCGGAAAACAGUCUGACAUAAUUCCUAUGAGUAAAGAAGGGCCGCAAAGUGCUUAUUGUAAUCCUGCCGGAAUUAUUCAUGAUACGGUGACUCUGUACAAAGCUCAAGGCCUGGUACUGAGCAGAGAGGAGCCGUGUACCGAUUUUAGCUGGUUUCCAGGGUAUGCUUGGACAAUAGCUUCUUGCAACUGUGGAGUCCACAUGGGAUGGAAGUUCACGGCAGUUCAAAGUGAUCUUAGACCUGUAGCAUUUUGGGGACUUACUAGGAAAAGCUUACGAUCAAAACCACUCGGCGUGUAAGGACAAUACUGGAAAAGUAGAAUUCAAAGUUAUAGUAAUCCAGACGAUUCUUUUACAUGGUCUGAAUAGUUAAUGACAAUCAUGACCAUAAUCACAUACGAUUUUGUAUUCAAAGUAGUGAGUACAGAUAAUAUUAUAUAUAUGGGUGAAAGCUGUAACUCAUUCUGACCUUGCAUCGAUAACUUUUUAUCGUAAUAAUUAACAUAUUUUUUCUAACGAAAACAGAAGUAUCAGGUGCAGUUUAUAUACUACCGCAAAGAUGAGUGUACCUUUAUGGCACAAUUUAUAAAAAAUCACGAAUUGUUUUUGCGAUAAAAGAAUGCUGAACGUAGAAUUAUGAAAUAUUACAUACAUUUCAAGUGAACGUAAUACGCUCAAUGUCUAGUUUGCUGCAUUGUAUAGAAUGUUACGCUUUCUAGCACCGGUGUUGAGACUCCGUUUACAUCCGUAAUGUCUGCAAAAUAAAAAUAAUACUAUAUUUUCUGUCAUAUUAGUGAUUUACACUUUUUACGAUUUUCUCGAUAUAUACUGCGUAUUAAAUAAUUGUCGAGCAUAUGAAAUAGGGGUGAAAUUUUGUGAUAAAUCGAUUGUCGCUAUUUAUUUUGUAGAAUUAUGCACACAUUGCGAGAAAAACCUAAUUUU